AGCGGUGGUUGGUGACAGCAACUUGCCUCCUUCCUCCUCACUCUUAUACCUGUCGCCCCUGCCUUACUCUUCCUUCCAUUGGAGGCAAAUUAAGCCGUAGCAGCGGCAGCACCGUGUAAAUUCGAAGCAAAAAUGGAUUCCAGGAUCUCCCUCCUCUGCUUCCUGGCCCUCGCCUCUUCCCUCCUGCACUGCGCCAGAUCUGAUGGCAGCGACGCUCAGCUCCUCAAGGGCAUCAACAGCUACCGAUCCUCCCUCAAGGUCCCCGCGCUGGCCGAGAACAAGAACGCGGCGUGCCUGGCCGACCAGCUCGCGAAGCAGUUCAAGGGGCAGCAGUGCACCAACACCACCGGCGCCAACACCGUCAUCGGCACCGAGCAGCAGUUCCCGGACUACCCCAAGUACCUCGACCACUGCCACCUCAACGCGUCGGUGACCGAGGACGGCCAGGUGAUGCCGGCGUGCGUGCCGGGGCUCGUCCCCGACGUGGUGCUCACCAACUACACCAAGUCGCAGUACAACCGGUUCCUGAACGACACCAAGUUCUCCGGCGUCGGGAUCGCCAACGAGGGGGAUUGGGUGGUCGUCGUCCUCAGCACCAGCACGAGCUCCGGCGACUACUCCCCGGCUCCGCCGGGCUCGAAUUGGGCGGCUUCGGUUCAGCCGUUCAGCCAGCUGGUUCUUUUGUUGGUAGGCUUUGUGAUCUUGCUGAUGAAGUGAGAGGCUGGUCAUGCCGGCACAGCGCAAAAGAAUAUAGCUUACUAGCUUACAUUUGUGGCGCGCAUUUUGCAUUAUUCAGAUUUCAGUUCAACUUGGUCCCAUCGGCAAUAUGUUAUUGUUCAAAUUUGAAUUCAACCUGGCCUCUGGUAUGGAUUUGAAUGUGCUGCUCUGCCUGAUUAUUAUUUUUUCUUUACCAUA